CUAUAACUGAGUGUGCCGGGCCAAAGCCGGGUGCCAUUUGAGUCCAGGGCUUCAGCGGAAAGGGAAGAACCAUGGCUGCUCACCAGCAAAGCAGAAGGAAAGCCAGGGAGGCAAAAAGAAAGAAGGCCCAGAAGAAGCACCAACAAGCCAGGCGGAAGCAGAAGAAACUGCAGCCCCAGAAGCAGAAGAAGCCGCGCCAGGCGCGUCCUAAGCACAAGGGCCGCCAGAGCAAGGCCGGCGGCAGCGGUGGGGAGCAGGAGAGGAAGGUCUGCCGCCCGCGGCUCUUUGCCUCCAGGAUCCUGCGGCAGAUGCCCAAGGUGCGGAUGGAGGCCAAGGCCAGGAACCUGGUGAAGACCAUGCUGACGGACGUCUACAACCACGUGGCCACCGAGGUGGAGACCCUGAGCCAGAAGAACGAGGCCUCCGCCAUCAGCAGCUCCGAUGUGCAGACCGCCUUGAAAGAAGCCAUGAGCAAGGAGCUGGCCAAGCACACGGCCGAGCCGCCCACCAGCGGGGAGUGCGCUUAGAGGGGACAAGAAGGGAGAGGACCCAGCGCCUUCCCCCAGGAAGGAAACUAAUAAUAAUCAAAAACAAGAGACUUUAAAAUAUUUUGCUGCCUCAAAAUAUCUAUGAAAUCCUGUAUUCUACCACUUUCACCUUGAAAGAUCAUGACAGAUGAAUCAUUCUAUACCCGUGAUAUUCCAAAGGACCACCAUCCGAUUUGUUCCUCUGUGAAAUACCACCGAGCAGUGAAAGGGAACUAUGGCAAUGGGAACCAGAACCAGCAGAAGCAAAAUGAACAGUUAAAUUGAUAAAAUACAUGAAUUUUAUUAUUCAUAAGGUGACACCUGGAAACAAAGGAACUACAACAGGAUUUUAGCAGCUUUAUCCACUUCUUCCAAUAAAUCUGGACUUUUAUCAGCUUUA